GCUGCCCGGAGCCGCGGCGCCGCCGGUCUGAGCUCGGCGAUCUGGGCCCAGGCGAGGCGGGCGGAGCGGGGCGGGAGCGAGCCUGACCGCCCGCCGGGCCGCGAAGACUGUCUCCCCGCGCGGAGGAGCACCCGGCUUGUGUCCUUGAGGAUCCCUGGAAGAUGCUCCAGCCUGCCCCGGGCUCCUUCAUUCAUGCUCAGGCAGCUUCCCCAUACAGUGGCCCUGAGGACUCCCUGACUGUGAUGAUGGAGGGGGGCCCAGCUGUCUGCUGCCAGGACCCUCGGGCAGAGUUGGUGGAGCGAGUGGCAGCCAUCGAUGUGACCCGCUUGGAGGAGGUGGAUGAUGGCCCUGAGCCUGCCAGGAAUGGUGUUGACCCUCCACCUCGGGCCAGAGCUGCCUCCAUGAUCCCCGACAGCACUUUAAGACCCGUCCCAGCUCGGCCUACCCUCUCAACCAGGAAGUUCUCCCUACAGGAGCGACCAGUGGGGAGCUGCCUAAAGGCCCAAGCUGGACCUUACGCCACUGGGCCUGCCAGCCACAUCUCUCCACGGACCUGGCGGAGGCCUACCAUCGAAUCCCACCGUGUGGCCAUUUCAGAUGCAGAGGACUGUGUGCAGCUGAACCAAUAUAAACUUCAGAGUGAGAUCGGCAAGGGUGCCUACGGUGUGGUGAGGUUGGCCUACAACGAAAGUGAAGAUAGGCACUAUGCAAUGAAAGUUCUUUCCAAAAAGAAGUUACUGAAACAGUAUGGCUUUCCACGUCGCCCUCCACCGAGAGGUUCCCAGGCUGCUCAGGGGGGGCCAGCAAAACAGCUGCUGCCUCUGGAUCGGGUGUACCAGGAGAUCGCCAUCCUGAAGAAGCUGGAUCACCUGAACGUGGUCAAACUGAUAGAGGUCCUGGAUGACCCAGCGGAGGACAAUCUCUAUUUGGUGUUUGACCUCCUGAGAAAGGGGCCUGUCAUGGAGGUGCCCUGUGAUAAACCCUUGUCAGAGGAACAAGCUCGCCUCUACCUGCGGGACAUCAUCCUGGGUCUUGAGUAUUUGCACUACCAGAAGAUUAUCCACAGGGACAUCAAGCCAUCCAACCUGCUCUUGGGGGACGACGGGCAUGUGAAGAUUGCUGACUUCGGUGUCAGCAACCAGUUUGAAGGGAAUGAUGCUCAGUUAUCCAGCACAGCCGGGACCCCAGCAUUCAUGGCUCCAGAGGCCAUUUCUGAUACUGGCCAGAGCUUCAGUGGGAAGGCCUUGGAUGUCUGGGCCACUGGAGUCACGCUGUACUGCUUUGUGUACGGGAAGUGCCCAUUCAUUGAUGACUACAUCCUGGCCCUACACAAGAAGAUCAAGAAUGAGGCUGUGGUGUUUCCUGAAGAGCCAAAGGUCAGUGAGGAACUCAAAGACCUAAUUCUGAAAAUGCUAGACAAGAAUCCCGAAACGAGGAUCAGUGUGCCAGACAUCAAGUUGCACCCCUGGGUGACCAAGAAUGGGGAGGAGCCCUUGCCUUCAGAGGAUGAGCACUGCAGCGUGGUGGAAGUGACAGAGGAGGAGGUGAAGAACUCAGUCAAGCUUAUCCCCAGCUGGACCACGGUGAUCCUGGUUAAGUCCAUGCUGAGAAAGCGUUCCUUUGGGAACCCAUUUGAGUCCCAAGCACGGAGGGAAGAGAGAUCCAUGUCUGCACCAGGAAGCUUACUCUUGAAAGAAGGCUCUGGUGAAGGGGGCAAGAGCCCAGAGCUCCCUGGAGUCCAGGAAGAUGAGGCUGCAUCCUGAGCUCCCGCAUGCGCCGAGGGCCGCCUAGCAGCACGCUCAUCUCGCGCCUCCAAAGGCCCACCGCCCUCAUGCCGACAGCCGCCCCUGCAGGCAGGGGGCUGGGGACUGUGGCCCCUCUCCCGGCCCCCCUCCCCCUGUCGUGCUGCAUGACCUCCACACGCGUGUCCAGGGACAGGAUUGGAAUAUGUGUCAUCUGGGAUUGGGGGCGGGGGCAGGGCUCCUGUGUGGCCUCUUCCUCAUCCUGGCUCUCCCUGGCAGGAAGCAUCCUGUGGGGAAGCUGGGUGCCCAUGGUGCCUUAGAAACCCCACUGGCUGAUUGGCAAGGCCUAGAGACUAGAGGCAGGAAACCAAGAUGACAGAUGGAGGCCCAGAUCACUACUAGUCGAAGAGACCUCCUUGCGGGGGGUGGGGGGGGUGGGGACUGAGUGGGCCUAGCUCACCUACCACACCCAGAUGGAGAGGUGUACCUUGUCCACUUCAGGGGGUGCUCCCAGAGGUGUUACCUGUUGAGAGCACUGAUUAGGAGACCUUGGAUCCUGGGCCUCACUGGGGAGGGGCCAGCAUAGGAGAAUUCAGAUUCCCUUGAUGCUGUCUUUGGAAGCAAAAGGGGAGGGGAGAGUAAGGCCUUUGGGGGACUAUCUGAAGACCUCUCCUACAGUUCAGGUGGUUCCCAGCACACCCCAUCAUUAGUUGGCAGCCAGGUGAACUGAACUGAACUUCCUGCAUUGCAUUUCCCACACAAACAAGCUGAAGUCAAACUGUGAGCAGAGGCCUUAACCAGGAGCACCAGAACUUUCCUGCCCAUCUCCCUCCCUCCGUGGCUCCCCAGAGCUGUAGUUGCACAAUAGACACCAAAGCAGACAUGGUCCAAGGCCCUACGCUGGCAGGACGGUCACCUUGCAUAUGCUGGAAUAACUGGAACCCGAUCUCCUGACCUGCAUUGGUCCUGCACAUCCGGUCCGGCAAGCUGCCCUCACACUCCUACAGUUGAAAGACAAAUUGCCCAUUGUUGGGAGACAGCACUAGAAGCAGGAUCCCAGUGGGGUCUGCAUGUUGACAGGUGGCUGCAGAGAGUCAGGCCUUGAUGGUCACACUCAGCCUGCUCAGAACUGGAGUGCUGGCACAGGCAGACACAACCAUGCUGGGACAGACUCAGUCCUCUCUGGCUGACUGGCUUGGAUACCCCACAUGAUCAAGAGAUUAUUCCCCCCUCCUCAAAGAAUAACCAAGUAGGACUCAGGUACUAACCCCUCCCCUGCAAACCUGAGCUGCACAGGGAACUUUAGUUGCCAGAAGGGCUGUGCUCUGCAGGAGGAUUUGUCAACGCUGAGGAGGAGGGCUGGGCUGGAGGAGGGCCUGGGUCCUGCACAUCUCUGUGGCCGUGGGUGUCCGUCGCGCCUCCGCGCACACAUGCGUGUGCGUGCCCAUCUGCUGUCCACAGCACACCCGCAUGCCUUGCACUGGCACAUGCAUCUGUACAACAGUUUCUGUGUCUAUUUCAGGCUAUGAGCAGAACGUGGCCCUUCGUCAGUGGGCCCACAUCUCUCCCUGGCGCCUCUGCAUUAAGGCAUUGAUAACCCAGGACUUAAAAGAAGAAAAAAAUUAGGGACUGUUUUUAAGAACACUUUUUAUAGAGUUCAAAAGAGGCAAGUCAAGCACUGGUCACAAGUCUGCGAGUGUUUCUUGAAUAGCUCUGUGCAGGGGCUAGAGGGUGGGGGAUAGGGGGUCUGUGUUGACUGGGUUGGCCCUGUCAGAACUCAAAAGGUGGACCCAGCUGUAUCGGCUCGGUUGGAGCCCAGAUGCCGGCCCCACCCCAUCCUGAGGGUUGUGGUCAGCAUCCUCGCUUUUCAGUGGUAGCACGAGGGAUGAACAACUCCGUAAGAGUGUUUUGAAAAUUAACUUCCCAGGAAGUGAGUUAAAAACAAUAAAAGCCUGUUCUUGAGUUAAAAACUCUUCGCGUACACAUCU